AUGCCGCCCGCACGAACUGCGCAAAUCUCGGACAGACAGUGGGAUGAUGUCCAGACCAGGAUCAAACAGCUCGUCCAUCAACACGUCCCUCUCAGCUGCAAAGAUGGGAGUCGCGUCACCAUUCCCGAAAUACUACAGAGAGAAAACAACCUCGACAUCACCGUAUCGCAAUUAGAGGCCAAGCUGAAGGAAUGGAACGUCGCCAAGAACCUGAGGUUGCGAGAAUGGCAGGUCAUCAUGCCGUGGCUUGACGAGCUCGAAGACAAUGGCACCGAGUACCAGGUGUUGUUGGCGGGGAAAGAAAUCCAAAAGACUGCCAUUCGUCGAGCCAGGCGACGUCUCAAACAAAAGAGUCACGAUGAUGCGCUUCUUGGGUGUGAGUAGCAUCUCUCUGAAUUGUUUCGGGCGUCCCUUCCCAAGCAGCCCCUCUCAGUAAGGUACCUACUACCUAGCCAGCAGUCACUUUGGGAUCCCACCCAGUAUUUGUACAGCUGGAGACAGCCACAUCUACCUACCUUACCC